GAGCUUGACAACAAACACCCCAGCACGAUCCCCUAUAAGCAUCCACCUUCUACUCUUUCAGAUUGCUUCAAAGGUACAAAGAGAACUCAGAAAACGUGAGAGAGAGAGAGAGAGAGAGAGAGAGAGAGAGAAAGAGAGAGAGAGAUGAUUCACAGUUUUGUGUCUGCAUGAGCUUUGCCGAUAGAGACGCAGAUACAAAAAAACAUAUAGGAUGUGCUACAAGUUGGCUGAGACCAGCAUAGAUGGACCUUUUACAGAGGUCUUGCACUAUAAAGACAAAGAGCAGGUGGAAACACUGCCCUUACAGUUGAACAACUUGAGAAAGAAGCAGAUCCUCACAGAUGUUGUCCUUUGCUCAGAUGGCAAGGAGAUCCCCUGCCACCGGAACAUUCUGGCAUCCAGCAGUCCUUACUUUUUUGCUAUGUUCUGCAGCAACUUUCGGGAAAGCCAACAGGCCCGGGUGAUCAUGCAGGGAGUUCCCCAUGACAUUUUGAGUAGCAUUGUGGACUAUGUUUACACAGGGAACAUCAGCAUCACCAUGGAGCUGGUUCUUCCUCUGAUGCAAGCUGCUGCUAUGCUACAGUAUGGAAGGCUUUUUGAGGCCUGCUCAACCUUUCUUCAGGCCCAGCUCAGUCCUGGCAACUGCCUGAGCAUGAUCCGUCUCUCAGAGAUCCUGCACUGUGCCAGCUUGCAGGAGAAAGCCCGAGAGUUGGCAGUGAGAAGUUUCUCUGACGUUGUGUCUUCCGAGGACUUCUGCGAGCUCUCCCUGCAUGAGCUGGUGGGAUACCUGGAGGAUGACCAGUUGUGUGCUGAAGAGGAGCAGGUGUUCGAGAUCCUCCUAGCCUGGAUCCAUCAUGAUCCAUUUGCUCGCCAUGGUGUCAUCCAUGAUCUCUUCCGACGAGUGAGACUACGACACAUCCAUCCAUCCUACCUCUUCCAGUUCAUCGCAAACGACCCACUGGUGCAGUCCUCCUUCCUGUGUACAGAGAUCAUUGAAUCAGUUCGACGUCUUCUCUUUUCCGUUGGCUCCUCUUGCCCGGGUGAUCUGCAGCUACUCUGGGCAACUCCACGGCGCCACACCUGUAAAGAAGCUCUUGUGGUUGUGGGUGGUCGGAAGAACAAUGAACGCACAUCUCGAGAGGCACUGCUUUUUGAUGAACAGUUGCAAUGCUGGCAAUGGCUAGCUAAGCUCCCUGUACGACUCUACCGUGCCUCCUACGUUUGUAUGCAUAGCAUCCUAUAUGUUCUGGGAGGCCUGGUCAUGAGGGCAGGAGGAUGCAGCGUACCUAGUGCCAUGGUAUACACACUGUCCAUCAAAACAAACCAGUGGAGAAUGGCUGAGUCCAUGCUAGCUCCUCGAUUUGCCCAUCAGAGUAUCUCCUAUCUGCAUUUCAUCUUCGUUCUUGGAGGGGUUACAGGUGAUGGACAAAUUUCCGAUGGGGUAGAGAGGUACAACACCAUGUUCAACCAAUGGGAGCCCAUGGCUCCAAUGCCAACUGCAGUCCAGCACCCUGCUGUGGCAGCACAUGACCAGAGAAUCUAUGUGUUUGGAGGGGAAGAUGCCAUGCAAAACCCAGUAAGACUGAUACAGGUAUACCACAUUGGAAGGAAUCACUGGUGCAAAAUGGAGAACAGGACGGUGAAGAAUGUGUGCGCCCCUGCUUCAGUUAUUGAUGGCAAAAUCUACAUCAUUGGAGGUUACACAAGAAGAAUGGUGGCCUAUGACAUCAAGGCGAACAAGUUUGUUAAAUGUGAGAAUAUGAAAGAAAGGAGGAUGCAUCACUCAGCCACUGUCGUCAACAACAAGCUCUAUGUCACUGGGGGACGCUACCUUAAUGGCCAUGACAUUAUCGAGGAUUCAGACAGCUUCGACUUCUAUGACCCAGAGACAGACACGUGGGCAUCGAAGGGCACUCUUCCAUUUAAACUAUUUGACCAUGGUGCAGUUCCUAUGGUGUUUGUUUCCGACAAGCCUUUUCCCACAUGAAUACAAUCAUGUUGCAUUACCUUGCAAAUGAACACCAGGGCCCUACUAUACGAAGCAAGUUUGGACAGAGUUUCAGCUUGACUAAACAUAACAAAAACAACCACAGUUAAGUAGUUUUACAACUUGGUUAACAACUUUUUCUGUCAACCAAGGUUUAGAUACUCAAGCUGUGUUUAAUCUUUGUGCACUUGCACAUGGAAUCAUGAUGUUUUUGACAAAAGUAUUGUAGUAACUGUUUUAUUUUAUUCAUAUCUAUGUUUUCUUUCACUUCGUUGUUGCCACAAACCUCUCAAAGUGACCAGAGGGGUCCACCUCUGUCAGAAGGCUAUUUCUAAUUGGUCGGUAGCUUGUCCUAAUUGAUCAAAGUUCUGUUUACAAUCCAAAAUUCCAAACUUGACAUGCUCUGGAGCAGGCGAAGUGUACAUCAUACGUUUUGUAGUAAAAUGGGAUCCAUCAGGGUUAGAUGGAACUUAGCAAGGCAAGAAAUCCUGCUUCAUGGGACAAGUUGUUGACAUCCCUGACAUAGAAAAGUGACUGGAAAGAACACAUUUUGAAUAACCACCAUAUAAAAAUACAUUUGGUAGGACUCUACAUGUUUCUACAAGUCCAUCUACGAUGCUUUGGUGAAUAUAGGUUGGAGUUCAUGAAUAGCAAAGUGUGCAGCUGUUCCAGUCAGAUGUGGAACUCAAUCAUGUGCUACAUGAUCCGGGAGUGGAGCUGGACCUCCUAUGCAUCUAAUAACUCAGCAAUAUUUGUUCUUGCUGAAACAAAGUUCACACGUACAGAGGAAUUUAGCACAACUUCAUUGCUGAAGUUCACACUAGUUUUGUUUGUCUUGAGUGUGAGGCCUUUCAAAUAGAAUCUACAUCCUUUGAGUGCACAUUAGAUUGGAUUCCAAUCGAAUUUCACUCCUUUAUCCUAGCAGUAGCACUUAGCACUGAAGAAUUCCUCCAUGCACCUUUGCCCAAACACAUUCCCACAAGUUGCUACUCUACUGAUUUCUUCUCAUGAGUGAUUCUUUUGUUCUUUUGGAAAAAUGUUUGAGUGAUAUUUGCAUCGUUGCUCAAAAAAUAGCAACAGAUGAAUGCUAGUUGGGAAGCUAAUAUAUGCUAAAAGUUACAUGGUUCACAAGAGAUCAUGAUCGCUUUGACUAUUUCACUGAUGAGGACUACUGACCAUUCACUUGAAGUGUUCACUUGAAUUGUCCGUACACUGUAACUGUAACAGCAAACUUAGUUGCUCCUUUUAUAUUUAAUUUGAAUUGUAAAGUCACUUUUGUAACAUUUUGUAUUUACUAGUGUUUGACUAUUUGCAGUACCAGGUUUGAAAUAAACUCAUUUUUGAAACA